CGGUCUCUCUCAGUUCAGCCCCUCCAAUAUGGCGGAUAUUUCGGUCGUAUCCGGGGAUAUCUGUACCAAGCUCGGAGAAGGACCAACUUGGGAUGCAGCUACGCAAAAAUUAUUUUUUGUGGACGCCUUAGCCUACAGUGUGCAUGUGUUAGAUGUUGAAACGGGAAAGGCUAAAAAUUAUCAGCUGGAUGGAAUAGUUGGAUGUGUUGUUCCCAGAAAGAGAGGUGGUUCUGUUAUUCUGGCAUGUGAGAGGACUAUAAGGUUUUUAGAUCUUGAGACUGGGCAGCAGGAAAUAGUUGCUACAGUUGACGAAGAUAAACCAGAAAAUCAUUUUAAUGAUGGAAAGUGUGAUCCAGUAGGAAGAUUUUGGGUUGGCACAAAAGGCCGCGAAACAGGUGCAGGAAUUCUCCCUCCUGAGCAAGGGUCUCUGUUUUCACUCAAUGGUGACAGAAAGCUUACAAAGUGGAUAGAUAAGAUAACAAUAUCUAAUGGCAUGACAUGGAGCCUGGAUAAAAAGACAUUUUAUUACAUAGACACAGUGACUAGUAAAAUUGAUGCUUUUGAUUAUGAUCAUGAAGCUGGGGCCAUAUCAAAUCGCAGAACUGCAGUCCAGAUUGAUCCAGCACUUGGGUAUCCAGAUGGUAUGACAAUUGAUUCAGAAGGAAUGCUUUGGGUAGCUAUGUAUGAUGGAUGGAAAGUAGUGAGUUUCAACCCAGUCUCUGGUGCAAUGCUUAGAAAAGUAGAUAUGCCUGUUGCCAAGGUGACAUCUUGUUGUUGGGGUGGACCAAAUCUAGAUGAACUAUUUGUUACAUGUGAAAGCUUGAGGUUAUCUCCAGAGGAAAAGAAAACUCAACCUCUGGCUGGGUCUGUAUUCCGAAUUAAGAAUCUUGGGACACAUGGAUCACCAGCUAAAGCAUUUGAUGGUUGAAAAGAGUGCACUAAUUUUGAAAUAACGUAUUCAUUUGAUUAAACGCCACCCUUGAAUAAAGCCACUUUGAAUAAA